GACUUGACCGUUUUAAAAGUAAGCGUUGGGAGCAACAGUGAGAGUAGCAGAGCAGACACCAUUACACUUCCAACGGCUAGUUUCUUCCUCUAUAUUUACAGACCCAAUCAUUCACAACAGAGCCCAAAUUAUCUCUCUUUUACUCUUAUCUUUCCAUUUCUCUCCAGCUGAGCUCACACACUAACUUAAACCCUCCCUAAUGGCUCACAGAAGUCUUUUUCUAAUCUUCUCCAUUUUCUUCUUGUUGACUAAUCUCGCCUGUUGCAAAGAGAUUCUGGUCGGAGGCAAAACCAGCGCCUGGAAAAUCCCUUCUUCGCCUUCUGAGUCUCUAAACAAAUGGGCUGAGAGCUUACGUUUUCACGUUGGUGAUUCUCUUGUGUGGAAGUAUGAUGGGGAAAAGGACUCUGUACUGCAAGUGACAAAAGAUGCUUACAUUAACUGCAACACAACAAACCCAGCAGCUAAUUACAGCAAUGGAGACACUAAGGUGAAGCUAGAGAGAUCUGGUCCUUUUUACUUCAUCAGCGGCUCCAAAAGCAACUGUGUCGAAGGUGAGAAGCUUCACAUUGUCGUCAUGUCCACUCGUGGUGGCCACACUGGUGGUUUCUUCACUGGUUCUGCUCCUUCUCCUGCACCUUCUUCAGCUUUAUUGGGUGCUCCAGCUGUUGCUCCUGCCACUGGUUCCGCUUCUUCUUUGGCCAGUGGAGUCGGGAUUUUGGGAUUUGUUGGAUUAGGGAUUGUUUUGCUCUGAUUUUGUUCAUAUCCACGAGAUUUGUUGAAUUCUUUUGCAUUUUAAACAUUAAUGUAUUUUCCGAAUAUAAAAUUCGCCAACUUUAAGAGCUUUCAGAAAACACAA